CACAACCGAGAUACUCAACAGAGUAAAAGUUACUGCUGGAUUGUCAUGUUGUAAAUUCAAAGACUCUUCCGAACAUGUUUACGCCGAAUGUGUGGACAGAACAAACCGGACAAACGAGUCUGAUGAGGCUCCUACUACCAUGUCUACCUGUUUUCCUUCUACCGGAAGUGAUUACAACACAACCGAGAUACUCAACAGAGUACAAGUUACUGCUGGAUUGUCAUGCUGUAAAUUCAAAGACUCUUCCGAACAUGUUUACGCCGAAUGUGUGGACCGAACAAACUUGACAAUGAACAUGUCUAAUGAAGCUCCUACUAACAUGUCUACCUGUUUUCCUACUACCGAAAUUGUCUGGUUACGGAUCGUCAUCGAUGUGGUAGUGAUACUCGCCGUUCUAUUCCUCAUCCUCUUGGGUAUCAUAGUUGUUCGUUUUUGGAGGAACCGUCAAAGGGGCAUGUUUGAUGAAUGGCAACCUCGCAGCAUUCAUCAAAGAAGAGGAAACGAGUCUAGAAUCCCAAGGUCAGGUGGUGAUCUUAUGAACAGGAAUCACAGCUAUCGCAAUCUCUCGGGAUCCAGUACCCUUGAUCAUGGGCUGGAAUCUAUCGAUCAAGCUUAUGCUUCUGUAGCAGCCCGAAGACCGGCAGCAACGGUUUGCUCAUUCGAUGGUGACAUCGGAAAUCAUUAUGGUUCAUUACCAGAUUCAGCUAAAGGUGCAAUGGCUUCAGAGACAUGUCAAUUAAAUACGCCACCCAACAUUCGCAAAUGUAAUUCUGGUGAAGGGGGAAACUCUGAUCCUGAUCUUCGCAUGGCCUGCGACCAAACGGCUAAUCGACAUGCGCGAUCAGAUCUGAAAAGUAAGCCAAGCCCUGUUGUCAAGCCAAGUCAGAAGGGACAUUCUGAGGAUUCUAAAGUUGAAAAGAAUUCCUCUGACAAGACAAAACGGAAAUCUUUGUUCGACCACCUCCCAAAACUUCCAAGUUCGCGAAAACCUUCUAAGUGUGAUGGCACUUCUGUAAAAAGUCCUAUACAAACCAUCGACAGACCAGCGGGUGCCCUAUGUGGGACAGAAGAUAAAGCAAAUACCAACGUGACCGAGUUACUCGAUAGAUGUAUAGUUUCUACCACUGAAAAGUUUCUUGAAGAUCCCAAGUCAAACACCAUGCCACAUGACAUCUAUGCACUUCCCGAUAAGUCUAGCAAUGGCCCAUCAAAGAAGAAGUCAUGUACCAUGCAAGGGGGAGGUUCUGUUGAUAUCGAACUCCAAGCAUCUCAGGAAGGGUAUGGAAGAUUCAAUAGGCUCUUCAAAUCUGGAACCAGCGGGAAAAGCGAGCAAAGGCAAGGGGAAGAUCCGUCAUCACCCGAGGAAUAUUCGGUUCUUAAGCCCGAACUGAAGACAUCGGGCUAUGACAAGCUGGCACACGGGAAGGACAAUGACGGGGCCGCUGCCACUGACCCAACGUAUAAUAUUGUCGGAGAUGACCCAGGAACUGCGUUUGAAACCGGCGAGGUCCCUUACGCAGCAGUGGAUGAUGAUGAGUACGCGGUGGUUGGAGAAGGGACAGCCGUUGCCAAUCAAAACGGAGACUACGAGAUGGUCGCACAUGGUCAGAUAGAAUGAAAGAAAAAAAGGAAGAAUAUUCAUGAUGGCGCUAUUGAAUAUGAUGUCAUGUCACAGAUAAGUGUAUCGAAAUUUAUUCGGUUCCGAUAGCUGGGACUUUUGCUGUAUUAUAGAUAUGUGUGAUAGACUGUUUAGCAUUUAUUUAAAAAAUAUAUAUUUAAAAAAGUAUACGGAAGAUAUAGAAGGAUAGGAGCAGGGGAAGGAGUGGGGAGUAAAGAAAAAGUAGUAGAACAGAAGAUGGUGAUGAGGGAUAAGCAGACGAGACGGAAAAGACUGACUGUGAAAAUGAACGAAAGAAGAAGAAGAGAAGAAAACAAAACGGAUUGAGGGAUAUCAGAAUGUAAAGAGGAGAAGAAUAUGACAUAAAAUGGUAGACAUUAUGAACAAUACCAUGUGCACUGUAAAAAAAAAUACAAAUCAUAUGAAAACAAAAAUGUCAUGGAACGGAUACCUUGUUUUCAUCUGAAGGUUGUUGAAUCAAGUAAAUGUUGCACCAUAGAAAUUGAGUGAAAUUCAUUUGAGCUCUGCUAAUCACCGCGUCUUCACUAUUGCAAAUUUGCA